GCGUUGCCAGAUGGUGGAGAACCCAAAAACCAAUUGCAUAUUUAAUUCUUGAUUUGGAUUACUGGUGAACCAGCAUACAAUGGCUGCCAAAAGCACAGAGAAGGAGAAGGGCGAGGGCCAGGAGCCCGCGACACCAGCGGAGAAAACCGAUUCUGCCGCGCCCACUGAACCAGCUGAGGAAAAUGCCAAGGAGCCGGCGACGGAAGACACAACGCCGGCUAAGAAGGACGGGGGACGCAAAAGGAAGAGGCAUUUGUUUAAUUCGAUUCGCGGCCAAAUGGAAUUCUACUUCGGUGACGCCAACUUGAGCAAGGAUAGAUUUCUUCGGCGCUACGUAGAGCAGGACCCGUAUGUACCUCUGGAAAUCUUUCUCACUUUCAACAAGAUCAAGACGCUCACCCAGGAUGUGCAGCAAAUAGCCAAGGCACUGAGCAACUCCCAGCUUCUGGAGCUGGACGAGACCAAACUGAAGGUCAAGCGACGGACCAAGCUUCCGGAUCAGCGCGAUGUCAACGACAAAACCUUGUAUGUAGAGGCCCUGCCUGCAAACGCCACUCACGAUUGGCUGAAGGAGGUUUUCAGCCGCUACGGACCGGUGGCCUAUGUGUCCCUGCCCCACUAUCCGGGCACAAAAAAGAUCAAGGAGUUCGCCUUUAUCGAAUUCGAGAAAAGCGGGUCCGUGGAGAAGGCUCUCAAGGCUUUUGCACAGAUACAGGGCGUUUUGUCCGUUGAGACCGAUCCCAGCGAACUGACCAGCGUGCGUUCCUUUCAGCAACAGCAGCAGUUACAACAGAAAGCGGAGCAGCCGCAGGCAGAGACUGAUCAGGUUGAUUUGCCAAAGCGAAAUCUAAAAAGGGAAGCCACCGACAAGGAUCGCGAGGAGGUACACGACGUGAAACGGGUUAAGUUAGAGGAGAGCCAACCCAGCGAUAACUCUACCGCUGAGGAAACAGCGAGUGAAACGGAUGCGGAGGCCACAGCCGAAGCCUCCGAGCAGGAGGGCAAAGCAGAGGCAAGCGAUGGCGAUGGAGCUGCCAAAAAGCGUCGUCGCAAGCGCAAGAAGAAGGCGAUUGUGGAUAAGCCAAACAUUGAGCCUAGUGCCCUAGAGCUUAAAGUGCUACCCAAGACCAGUUGGAGCAGUCUGCGGAACAAGUACUUAAACCUACAGCGUCGCCUCGUCAGUGAGGCAAAGAGCAAGCUGUGGCGUGAAAAUCACCCGCAAAAUCAGCAGCACCAUCAUCAACAACAGCACAGCCACCAAAACCAUCCGAAACCUUCGCAGCUACCCGAGGUCGUCAAAGAGGAGGAAACCGGGGGCGAGGUCCCUAGCGAUGGCGGUGAAGCUGCAGUGGAAGCAGCGCCUGUGCCAGCCAAGCGUCGCAAAGCGGUACAUAAGAUGAACAUGAAUUUCUACGGCGCCGGCGGCGUGGAAUCCACAAAAUCCGAAGAGCCUUCGCAGGAGCGCACGCCGCUCUUCAAAUACGAGCCCGGACUGAUUGUGGAAUGCUCUCUGCUGGAACCCUGCACCAAUGUCAAAGAUUUAAAGGCUGAACUGCGCCAGUAUUCAGAUAUUAAAUAUGUGGAUAUCAAGGAGGGCGAUCAAGUGGCCCUAUUACGUUUGGGAACGCCUGCCGCAGCCGAGGAACUGGUACGCCAGGUCAAUUGUGCCGAGAGGCAGCUAAAAGUGCUCUCUGGCCAGCAGGAAACGCUCUAUUGGCGCAAAAUCGAGCAGGAUCGCGAGGCAAAACUCUCGAAAAAGGUGCGCGUGCAGCAGAAACGCGGUCGCGAGAAAGUGGCCAAACUGCUGGCGAAGCACAUUAAAUUUGAUGAUGGCGAUGAUGAAGUACAGACGGCCGCCAUGGAUUGAGUCAUCUUCCAGUUGGGGGUAAGUCUGGAUUUGAGGGAACUCUCAUUUUUAAGCUACAUUAAUAUAUAAAUGUAAGCGAAGAAGCACAGAAAUUUAGCAGAUGCACAUUUCAUAAUAAUAGAGAAAUAAUAUAAGAAUGUCUGUUAAGAAAAUGAAUUCUUUAAAAGAAACUGCCUAGAACAAUGAAAAUAAAUCCGCUAAUUAAAACAAA